AUGUCUAAUGCAGGCAACAACGAAAUUAAGUUUCUGAGAGGCAUGGUGAUACUUUGGGCUGGUGAUCCAUACGAUGUUCCUGAUGAAUGGACUGUUUGUGAUGGAACACAAGCAACUCCAGAUUUAUGCGACAAAGUCGUUAUUGGCUCAGGUCGCGGUGCUAUUCGUGGGAGUGGAUGUGUGGGUGUGGAUUUAUAUGGUUCUCUACUUAAUCAUGAUGAUUCAAUCACUGCACAAGUAUUAAAUAAUGCUCAUAAAGAUACCGCUGAACGACGGAAAACUGCUUAUCAAUCAGAAUAUGGUCACAACGUCGAUAGCAGAGAUGGGCAAGUCAGGAUUUUCUUACCCAAGUCAAGUCAAGUCAAGUCAUCCCCAAAAAAACUAAAGUCUUGCAGUCAAGCCAAGUCAAGUCCUAGUGAUAGCCGAGUCAGUCACAAGUCAAGUCUUUUGAGCAGUCAUCCUAUUCCGCAAUGUUGA